AUGGCGUCAUCAAGAUCUAAGCAUAGUUUAGGUUUUCGAUUCCAUCCUAGUUAUAAAGAGUUGAUCAACCAUCUAAAAGAUUCAUGCUCGAUGGAAUUUUCCACAUCCCCAUGUAUCAAACUAAAGGACGUAUUUGGAGACUUAGAGCCAUGGCAAAUUAUCGAUGGAGAGAAAACAUGUUACUUUCUUACGCGAUUAAAGAAAUUCAAUAAUUCGAACAAGAGAUUCUCAAGAACAGUUGGGAGUGGGACUUGGAGUGGCCAAACAAGUGGUAUUCCCAUUAGAGAUAAAUCAAAUAGAAAUAUUAUAAUUGGAUAUGAGAGAAGUUUGAGGUAUAAAAGUGGUAUUGAAAAAGAUCAAAGUGAAAAAUGGCUUCUGAAGGAAUAUUUUUUGCCUGAUGAGUAUAUUAAGAAAAGCAAGAACAAGGAUAUAUUUGCCAUUUGUAGAAUUAAAGAGAAGACAAAAAACGAUGAGGAAAAUAAUAAUGAUGACGAUGAUGAUGAUGUUAAGGAUGAAGAUGUUGAUGGAUUACUGGAUUAUCUAUUUGAAGGAAAUUAUGAUCAAGUUGGGAGUACAUAUGAAAGUCUAAUAAUUCAGACUGAGACUAAAGCAAGUGCAGCUAUAGAGAGAUUGGUUGAUAAAGGGUAUUUAUCUUACUUAUCUUUUAUCCGAGACUUUAGCAUUGAGAUACCUCCCAUGGAGUCCAUUCCCAGGCUUCAGGAGUUUGCAUAUGUAUUUCCUACUGAUCUUCUAUAUGUUCCUUCUGAUAGAGUCAUUGAUCUUGCAAUUUAUUUGGUGUCGGACACCAAGAUCAUCUAUAUUCAUCCUUAUCGCAUGGCCAACAGAGUUGAAUGA